AUGAGUAAUGAUUGUGGCUGGGAUGAGAUGACACCCCAUAAAGAUAAUCUUAUGGCAAAUUUUGGCUUUGCAAUCCAUCAGCUGAGUGCGCAAAUUGUAAAUGGUCAGAAUGCGCCUGUUGGCGUAAGUGAAGAGUUGAAGUCAGCAAUAGCUGUUGAAGUACGUGCUCAAAUGGUACCGGUUGUAAAGGAGAUUGUACGUGAAGUAGUCAGCGAAGUAAGAAGUGUUGUAACAGAUGUGGUGAACCCGCUGUAUGAUGAACUUCGUGACUUUCGAAGUCGAAUUCCAUUCUCAAAUAGUUUGCUAUAUUCUGCGGGCAAUAUGCCAAUGUAUACUAAUGGGUCGUCCAGUGCUCACACAAAUCGUUCCGAUAUCUUGGAGAAAAAAGUAGACAGAUGCAGUGAAAGUGCUGGACCUUCUCUAUCUGUUAAUCGUUCAAAAACAUACCAGGAAAAUAAUUUUAGCAGCAAGAGUCAGACUGGAUAUUUCAAGGAACCAAAAGAGCCACGAGCACAGGCAUCUACAAGUGACUGUGCAGCAUUUAGUUUUAUUUAUUACAAUACAGUUUGUCUUAUACCAAUAUCGACUCUAUUGGAACCUGAAAAUAAUGCAUUCGUUUGUCAAAAAGUGCCAAAGAUAUUUCUCGGAAAAGAAGGAGGAAAGAUCUCUUUCCUUGUUGACAUGAAGUCAGUCAAGUUAAGGGAUCUCACGUCUGAUAAUUUGGGCUAUUGGACCUCAAGAUUCGCGGCACACAUGAAAACACGGAAAUACUUUGUAAAAGAUGGUCAAAUCACAGGGCGUAUUCAGCAGUUUGGACAAGUUUGUCACUUAUUGCAAGAUUAUGAUUAUAUCUUACAUCGACAGUACUACUGUCAUGGAAAUACGAUUGGACCAGCAGCGAUCCGGAAAAAUAUUUGGUAUCUAACAGGAAAAUUAAACGGUGGGCAAGUCGUUGGAUGUGCAUUAAUUUCAUAUGAAAUUGAUGACAAUGCCACAGUGAAAAUAUCUAAAUUCCGGUACAAAUCAGGACCGAAUUGUGUAGAAGUAAAAGAGGAAGUACCAGCUGAAGAAAUGGAUGUUAGUUCUAUGCUUACUCCGAAUGCUGAAUUGCAAAGGUUCGUGGACGGCAUGCAAACAUUAUAA